CCGGAGCCCCGCCCAUCCGGCUGGAAGGGCCGCCGGCGCUGCGGCACAGCGUCCUGCCGUCGGAUUCGGGCCGGAGCCGCCCGUGACCGGAGCCGCCCGUGACCGGAGCCGCGCGCGGACGCCAUGCGCGCGCGCCCGGGCCAGUGACAGCCUCCGGGAUGGACGGUGGCUCCGUCUCGCGAGAGGGGCCGAAGCGCCCGCCGGACCGCCGGCGGCUUCUGCUCUUCUUACUCGCCGGCCGCUGCGGAAGCCCGGGCGGCGUCCCGGCGCGCCGCUGCCUGUCCGCGCUCGCGGAAGGUCUGGAGGCGCUGGGCCCCCGCGCCCCCGCGGCCCGCGUCGCGUCCCGUGCCUCGGCGCUGUUCCUCCUGGUGCAGGUGCCCGUCCCGCGCCUGGCCGCCGCCGCCCCGCGCCGACCCCGGGGAGACCGGGAGCGCUCGCGCCUGGGGCCCAGGGCGCCCCCAGCCGGGCGCUGCUGCGCGUGGAGGUGCCAGCCCGGCCUCGUCCCAGGCGUCGCCUGUGCCGCAGGCCCCCUCCACCUGUGCCAUGGCCGAGUGCCCGCCCUCGCUUCCGCCCGGAGAGAGCUAAGCCUCUCUGCUGGGUGCCUACAGUUGGAGCACAAACGCCGAGAUUUCACCUCCGCUGGGAGUAGGAAGCUCUACUUUGACACCCAUGCCUUAGUGUGUUUAUUUGAAGAAAAUGGGUUUACUACUCAACAAGCAGAAAUCAUUGUAUCUGCAUUGGUGAAGAUCACGGAGGCCAACAUGGAUAUCGUCUACAAAGACAUGGUCACCAAGAUGCAACAGGAGAUCACUCUUCAGCAAAUAAUGUCUCAGAUUUCUAACGUGAAAAAAGAUAUGAUUAUUUUGGAGAAGAGUGAAUUUUCAGCCCUCAGAGCAGAAAAUGAGAAAAUAAAACUUGAACUGCAUCAGUUAAAACAACAAAUAAUGGAUGAAGUGGUCAAGGUCCGCACAGAUUCCAAAUUAGACUUCAAUCUAGAAAAGAGCAGAGUAAAAGAAUUGUAUUCAUUAAACGAAAGGAAGCUGCUGGAAAUGAGGACAGAAAUGGUGGCAUUGCAUGCCCAGCAAGAUCGGGCCGUCACCCAGACAGACAGGAAGAUAGAUACUGAGGUUGCUGGCCUCAAAACCAUGCUCGAGUCGCACAAGCUUGACAAUAUUAAAUAUUUAGCAGGGUCUGUUUUUACAUGCCUAACAGUAGCUCUGGGAUUUUAUCGCCUGUGGAUAUAAUAAAGUGUAUAUUUAAAGAGAUCUCUAUUGUUUUGCCUUGAGAAUACCAGGUUGUUGUGCUCCCCUACCCCUCGUUUCAACUUUUAACACCGAUUUUUACUUAAAGCCUAUUAUUUAUUUUAUGCAAAUUAUGGACUAUAACCAACACAAAGAAGUCAGGAAUUUCACAAUUGCUCCUUUUCUCGUUUCUGUUUGGUUGACUUUAUAACGCUGAGCGGCGGUGGACAAAACACGGAAGACUCCACUCAGCUGGAUCGGUGAACUCGGCCUAACCUGUGGGACACAGCAACAGUAAAUAUUUGUGUAGCUACCAUUGUAAUCUUUUGUCACACAGAGAGAGGACUUGGGGUCUCCGUUUAAAAGGCACAUUGGCUUUACUGAGCGCUGAAGAAUCACAGAAAGUAAACCAAGAGCACCAUACCGCUUCGCCUGUCCCGACCUUAGCUUCAGCGUCCCUAAUGAAACAGCUGUACCUUACUUCCAAAGGAGGGUUUUUUCUUUCAAUUGCCAUUGUCUUAGUCAGUUACUGUUAUGGGUAUUUUUAUGUGCCUUCAGGCUAGAAAAUCUUGUUGCCUGGUGAGGUCUUGUAAUUGUAAUGGGGACUCUUGUGGGUUUCUCUCCCUCCCUCUCUCUCACUGGGCCCUUCUUCCCCUCCCUCCUGAUUGGAGAGCUAUGGUCACACUCCACCAUGCCAUCCUGGAAAACUUGCUGAUUCUCAGCAUGGACGUCUACUUCAGUUUGUGGGAUGGGGUCUGCUUCCUUCUCUCGUCUUCUGCCUUUUAUACAAGGGAGGCAGUCUGUGGCAGCAUCUGGAUAUUUAGAGAGUGUGUGCACUUUUAGAAAUGGCCCAUUACAAGCUCAGAUCGUAGGCUUUCAAAAUUAGAAAACUCAUGCCGGCUAUCAUCUGAGUUUAGGUUGAUUUCUUUGGUUAUUAAAGAUAUUCUCAUAUCUAUCUUACCUCUAUAUUUAAGACAAAUAAAUUCCUAGAUAAAAGGGUAUUUUGAGAAAGCACCAUCUCAAAAGCAUCCUAUUGGAAUGACUGGCAGGUAGGAGAAAAUGAGCAUUUUAGACCGGAUGACAUUGGCAAGACCUUUGCUGUCCUCCACAUGCAGAUGUGUACGUAAUCUGGUACAGUGGAGAGACCACGUUGAGACCACCUGAUCAGACUGGUAGAAUGAAUACCCACUAUCACUGUUCCAACCACACUGGUAAAAAAAAAAAAAAAAAAAAAAAAAAGUCACCUAUUGUCCUGUGGAUGUCAUUUCUAAACUU